ACAUAGAGACAGAGAGAGAAAAAAACCUCCCUGCGCUGGCUUUGCGGGGCUGUUUGAGGCGUUGCACUGGGGCCGGGAGAUGUGGACAGUCUCGGGGGUAGGAGGACCGGCCUUGAGCUCUGCAGGAGUCAGGUUGCUGGAGAGAUCCUGAACCCACCUCCUUCCAAUGCCUCUCCUCUGGGACUCGAGUUUUCUGAAGUUUCCUUUUUCCUCUCUCCGCCCGCCUUACUCCCUCUCUCAGUCUCAGGGUUUGUUUCAGAGCACACACACACAUGUGUGUGUAAGGGACCUGCAGUACUGCUGAAGCCUCUCCCCAUCGCUGCUUCACUUCAAUGGGAUUGACAGAGCGAGCGCUUGCUGAGUCCGCUCCCCGUUCAGGAGACCAGGCAGCAGCACAGUGGGUCAGUCAUCUCCCCCCCAAGCCGCCUGCUUUCAGCUCUCCACGUUUCCAGCCUGCGGAUGGAGUGAAGGGGCCAGAUGCCUCUUAUCUCUUCUCCCCAAUGGGACUCCGGAACAAAAUGAAGUAACGGAAUGGAGACGGCAGCCGGACUGGACACCAACAGCAAGCCUGCUGCUGCCUUUGGGGGGAGAGCCCUCAUUCUCUGUGCUGUGCUAUGUUGUACUUGCUACCUGGGACUUGCACAAGUACUGCCUGAAGAUGUGGACAUUCUCCAAAGGCUGGGCCUUAUUGGGAAAAAAGCACAAACACUGGCAUCGCCAUCUUCCAUGACAUUUCGCUCUGUUCCUCAGGGGGUCAUUCCUUUUAAACUGGGCAUCAUUCUCACACAGAGAGCUCGCAUCAAAGCACCUGUAGCAGCUGUUAUCCCUGCCUCAUAUGGCACUAACCUCACCCUCGUCCUGAGCGUGUGCUCCCACCGUGUCAACAAUGCUUUUCUAUUCACCGUCAGGAAUAAGAGAAAGAGACUGCAGCUUGGAAUGCAGUUCAUUCCGGGGAAAAUCAUUGUGUAUGUGGGACACAAACAGUCUGUCUAUUUCGAUUACGAUGUCCACGAUGGCCAGUGGCACGACAUGGCCAUCACCAUCAGAAGUCGAAAGGUUACUCUAUAUACUUCUUGUGGGAAGAAUCGCACUCAUGCAAAUUUGCAUUUCAAGAAAGAGGAUUCUUUGGAUCCAGAGGGUUCCUUUCUUCUGGGGAAGUUGGACCAACACUCGGUGCAGUUCGAAGGAGCUGUCUGUCAAUUUGAUAUUUAUCCCUCUGCUAAGGCAGCUCAUAAUUAUUGCAAAUACAUCAAGAAACAGUGCAGGCAGGCUGAUAUUUACCGGCCGAACCUCCUCCCCCUCCUCCCUCUUUUGCCGCCUUUUCCCAAUUCCUCUGCCCCGUCUCCUUCUCCGUUGACGCUGCGGAAGAGGAGCGGACCGGCGAACAGCUUCAGCGAGAGCGUGGCUUUGCUGGGCCUGGCACCGACGUCGCCGAACCUCAGCCCCUGGACCGUCAGGCGGACGGCGUUUGGCGCCACGGCCCCGCCCGCUGUGCUCCCCAUCCAGCAGCAGCAGCAGGCCGCGACCACCAUCCGCCCGAAGCCGCUGAGACCCACUACCCCCGUCCCGAGCGUUGGGUUCCUCCAGCUGACCCCUCACGUCGAGGCCACGGCGCCCACCCCGGCCAGAUCCACCGGGAAGGGCAGCACGACGUCGGUGACCCAGCAAGGGCAACCCCGCCGAGCUCCCUCCGCCGCAGCCGCAAAGCAAGACGCCAGAGGGAGGGCCACGCCCGCUGGGCACGCGACGGCGACGCCUCCUGGGCACGCGACGACCACGCCGACUGGGCACGCUAGGGCCACGCCGACUGGGCACGCUAGGGCCACGCCUACUGGGCACGUUAGGGCCACGCCUACUAGGCACGCGACGACCAUGCAGACUGGGCACGCGACGACCACGCAGACUGGGCACGUGCCAGCUCCCCCUCCAACCGCCACCGUGCCGGCCACGCGGAAGACCGAACGCCAAACCGCCAAGACCCGGAGGCCCGCCUCGAAGGAAGCAGUGGGCCGGGAAACUGAGCCAAAACCAGCCACAACUCCAUUGUACCCCAAAGUUACCUAUAGCGUGGUGUCGGUAACGCCUGCUGCCACAGAUGGAUACCAGACCUUUGGGAUGGAAAGCUUUACUGUUGACCCGAUGCUUCAAGGGCUCCCAGGUAUCAAAGGGGACCCAGGCCCAAUGGGUCCCCCAGGACCUCCAGGGUUACCAGGUUCACCUGGAAAACGAGGACCCCGGGGACGCCAAGGACCACAUGGAAACCCAGGUCGCCCUGGUCCCCCUGGCGUGAAGGGAAACAAAGGCGAACCAGGAAUUUCUCCAGGGAAGGCACUCAAUGGACAAAAGGGUGAUGUGGGUCGACCUGGUGCUGUUGGACUCCCAGGGCCUCCAGGUAGAAAGGGGCAGAAAGGUUACCCUGGACCAUCAGGCCAUCCUGGAGACCCAGGGGUGCGUGGACCUAAUGGGAGUCGAGGUGCCAAAGGUUAUCCUGGCAGGCAGGGUUUGCCAGGACCAAUGGGGAAGCAGGGACCGAAAGGCUUUCGGGGCUUCAUAGGCCCACGAGGGUUAAUGGGUCUUCCAGGAGCAGACGGAAAGCAAGGAAUACCAGGAGAAGCAGGGAAGAGGGGCAAGAUGGGUAGGCCGGGAUUUCCAGGAAAUUUUGGAGAGAGGGGAUCACCAGGCAUGGAUGGAAGUCCAGGAGAUUUGGGAGCCCCAGGACCUCCUGGCGUUCGUGGGCUGGUUGGGGAUAUGGGGCGCCUUGGGAAGAUGGGCUUGCCUGGACAGCGAGGACCAAAGGGGCUGAUUGGAAACCGCGGAGAACCAGGACUGAAAGGUGAUAAGGGUGAUGAAGGCAUUCCAGGAAUACCAGGAGAAACGGGUUUCCCUGGCGAUAAGGGCAACCCAGGGAUCCAGGGAAUGCCUGGAAUGAGGGGAAAACCUGGAAUCACUGGCAAAAUUGGUGAAAAAGGUCCAGUUGGAAUACCAGGACCUCCUGGUCUUGAGGGUUUCCCAGGAGACAUUGGUCUUCCAGGGCAAAAUGGUCCAGAAGGCCCCAAGGGAAAACCAGGAGCACGAGGCCUACCUGGGCCACAGGGCCUGCCUGGUCUAGAGGGCGAUGAGGGUCGAAUGGGACCAUUGGGUGAUCCAGGCCCUGAGGGACGUCCUGGAAGGCGAGGAUUUCCUGGGAAACCAGGACCCGAUGGCCCAAAGGGUGAACCCGGCGAUACUGGGAAGGUGGGAAAGGUCGGAGAACAGGGACAACCAGGAUUCAUGGGAUCCAUUGGCGAACUCGGAAAAGUUGGAGAAAAGGGUGACCGUGGUGAAACAGGUCCUCCAGGGCAUCCAGGAGUUAAAGGGGCAAUGGGACAUCCUGGACCUCCAGGAGAGCUUGGACCUCCAGGACCAAUUGGACCACCUGGUGCCAAAGGAGUUCGAGGAGCACCUGGAAUGAGAGGGACAAAGGGCCGCAGGGGUGCACGAGGUUCUGAUGGUCUGACAGGGGAGCCAGGUCCGAAAGGUAUCAAGGGAUCUGUAGGGAAACCAGGCCGGACUGGACCAGGUGGACAGAGGGGUAAAAGAGGGGAACCAGGAGAAACAGGAGCAACAGGUUUUCCAGGUAUUCCUGGACCUUCUGGUGCUCCAGGAGCUAAAGGAAUCCCAGGAGAGCCAGGACCACCAGGGCCUGAGGGGAUGAUUGGGUUGCUGGGGGAGAUGGGACCAAAGGGGCUUCCUGGCCCAACUGGAGAACCUGGACUCCCAGGUGAACCUGGAGAGAAGGGUGCAAUCGGACUGCCCGGAGCCAGAGGUGAGCCAGGGCUCAUGGGCCAAAGGGGAGAACCUGGUCUGGUGGGAGAUGAUGGACCAGUUGGAAUCGAUGGACUCAAGGGUGACAAGGGAGACCGAGGGGAAGAAGGAGAUAAAGGAGACAAGGGGCCAGAGGGACUGAAAGGAAAAGAAGGGCCACCAGGAGUACCAGGAAUGACCGGAGUUCAAGGACCCGAAGGAAAACCAGGGAAACCUGGAGAGAGAGGAAAACCUGGCAGAAAGGGUAGUAAAGGUCACUUGGGACAUCUAGGAGAGACCGGACCUCCAGGAGAUCCAGGACCUGAGGGGACCCAGGGACCAAAGGGAUCCCGAGGCACACGAGGAGCUCUGGGAGCUCCAGGUCGCAUGGGGGCUCAGGGUGAACCAGGAAUCGCAGGCUAUGAGGGACAUAAAGGACCACCGGGACCAAAAGGACCACCAGGCCCAAAAGGUGAAAAGGGUGAACAUGGGGAUGAUGGGAAAGUGGAAGGUCCUCCUGGUCCCCCUGGAGAUAGGGGCCCAAUCGGAGAGCGAGGAGAGAGAGGUGAACCUGGAGAUCCUGGUUAUGUUGGCCAGCGAGGGCUGGAUGGAGAGAGGGGGAAACAAGGUCAGCAAGGUUUACCGGGUAACCCAGGACCUCCAGGUAAACCAGGUGUGAAAGGUUCGAAGGGUCAAGCGGGGCGCAAGGGAAAGACAGGUUCCCAGGGUGCGCAAGGGAGUCCAGGCCCACCGGGUCCUAUCGGGCCACCCGGUUCCAGAGGUGUCAUUGGUCGACAAGGUCAUGAGGGUCCUCCAGGAUUGGAUGGUGCUCCUGGAAUCAUUGGCAAGCCUGGAAUACAGGGAGAACAGGGGGAUGACGGGAAUGUCGGAUUCCUCGGGAAACCCGGAGGCCGUGGUCGUGUUGGUGUCCCAGGAUUACCUGGAUCUCAGGGAUCCCCUGGCUUUAAAGGAGAGAGAGGCUUGCAGGGCCAGGCGGGACCUCCUGGGAUCAAAGGGAUAGAAGGAGGAAUGGGCCUGCCUGGAAAGAGAGGCGAUCCAGGUUCCAAAGGUCAACCGGGGGACCCUGGAGAAUCCGGCUUCCCUGGACUGAUGGGAGUGUUUGGACCUAAGGGUCAUCCAGGAGAUGUCGGAUUUACUGGGAUCCAGGGUCCAAAGGGACCUCCAGGAUUAAUGGGCAAAGAAGGCAUCAUAGGGCCCUUUGGCAUGGCGGGUCCCAUUGGGCAUCCCGGUCCAAAAGGUUAUAAAGGAAGUCAAGGUGAUACGGGACCACAAGGACCCAAGGGUCCUGUCGGCCCGCGAGGACUCCCUGGACCGCCGGGCCCUCCCGGAAUUCAGGCCACAUUUAAACACGAGGAGCUAGGUGCAGCUCUGCAAGCAUUGAUCGAAUCGAAAACUGCACUCAGGACUGAGAACUAUCAGAAUUCAGACGUACCUUUGCUUGACCAGGGAGCAGAGAUCUUUAAGACCCUACACUACCUCAGUAAUCUGAUCCACAGCAUUAAGAAUCCACUGGGAACCAAAGACAAUCCAGCUCGUGUCUGCCAUGACCUCAUGAACUGUGAGCAGCGAAUGAACGACGGCACUUACUGGAUUGAUCCUAACCUUGGCUGCACCUCGGAUACAGUCGAAGUGAUUUGUAACUUCACUAACGGUGGGCAGACCUGUCUCAAACCCAUCACUGUCUCCAAGUUGGAGUUUUCAGUCGGACGGGUCCAGAUGAACUUCUUACACUUGCUCAGCUCGGAGGCAGUCCAACACAUCACCAUCCACUGUCUCAAUGUGCCAGUCUGGACAGAUGGGAGCUCAAAAAAACCCUUCAAACAAGCUGUCAAGUUCAAGUCCUGGAACGGGUUGAUGCUGGAAGCCGGAGGGCAGCUGGAACCCAAGGUGGUGGUAGACAACUGUCAGAUAAAAGAUGGACGAUGGCACCAGACACACUUCCUGUUUCACACCCAGGAUCCCAAUCAGUUGCCGAUAGUUGGUAUUUAUAACUUACCACAACCAAAGCCUGGACUACAUUACCACCUUGAGGUUGGGCCUGUCUGCUUUCUCUGAGACAACAGAUUGACCAUCUUUAACCCACAUCAGAGCAUAGUUAUCCUUUACUGUGUAUUCAAAUAAAACUCAAGGAAUUGCUGACAUGAUGUGUGGGAAUAUCACAUUACCCAUCAGAGAAGGCUACGCAAUAGCUUUCUUUAAAAUCAGAAAAAAAAACUGUAAAGAGACAUUAAGAGGACCUGUUUCGUGGGGAAGAAUUUAGCCUAAAGCAACUAAAAUUGAAGGUUUUCACCCUUUAGCCUAAGAGUCUGUAGGCUGCUGUGUAUGAAGGAAUGGAUCGAAGUGAGUUGCAGAAGAUCCAUUUUAAAAAGACAGAGAGAGAGAGAAAGGGGGGAAAAUAACAAAUUGAUUUGUAGUGGCUUAGCCAGCAUUCUGUUCAGCAGUCCCAAGUUAUGGGAUACUCAGAAACGUUGAUUGCAUGUAGUCGAUAGAGCUGGUGACCUGCAUUGUCUACUAAGCAAUCUCCAAUGUGCAAUAGUAAAGGGAGAAACUAGAGGAACUAUCAAGGGUUGAUAAAAUUUCCGAAAUCCAUGACACUUCAUCUGAAGUGUGAAUGAUUCCAAUGUUUAGCUCUCAGCCACCAAACGCCUGAACUAAUUGGUCAGUCCCGGGCAUGGUGAAACCAAGUGAUAAAGGAGGUUGGGUCCAGUUUCCUAGUGAUUAUGACAUGGUGCUAGUAGGAUGAACUUCGUGGGGUGAUUUUUUUUCUACCUCUCAUUGUCUGGAAUUGGUGCUCACGUUCUUGUGUUUUAUUGUCGAUAUCCACAUGUCGUUUUCGAAUCACUGGUGCUAUGUAAUUACCACGAGGGUGGUG